AUGGCAAUACCAGUAACUUCAUCCGGACAAUUAUUCUCAUCUACUUUACGUUCCCUGUCUUCCGCUAUCUUAGUAUUAGAAACGGAAUGUAACCCUGAAUCUAAUAUUAAUCCUCUUCCAAAAAAUCCCAAUAAGAAUCCACUUUCACUUAAUUCAUUCGACAAGUUUUCAUCAAGAGCACAUUUGGUUUCCGAUGAACAGAAAAAAAUCUCAGAAAAACCAAAAUUUCGAAAUGAGAAGAUGAUGAUGAGAACAAUACCACCUCGGCUACCUAAGACACCACCACCUCCAUCAACGGAAAUAAAAGUUAGGCCAAGAAAUGGGUCUUCAUCUGGUGGGACAAAGUGGACUUUGCGAACCGAAGCAAGAGAUGGUAGUAAUAGAAAUUCGAUGAUGGUUAAAGUAGAAGGAGUCAUUGAAAUACCGAAAACUCAAUCGGUUGCUUCCCUUCGUGAGCAAAUUGCAAAGAAAUUGGAGGUUAAAAUGCCAUCUACUCCACCAACUAUUACAAUUAGUAAUAGUCAUACGAAAUCACCAUUAUGGAUUUCCGGAUCAAAUGAACAAUAUCCAUACGUUCCGCAACAUGAUGAUACAUCAAAUUUUCAACAUCUGGCAACAAAGAUGUCAAAACUUAACAGCAAUUCUCAAUCAUCCAGUAAUACAACACUACAGAAACAGUUAUCUAUUGUACAUGAACCGGUGGAGCGGCAUAUAUCCUGCAUAACGCCAGUAUCAUUCAAUCGUACAGCGACACUUUCUUCCUCAGUUAUUGUUUCUCCGAAUAUGCUCGAUAUUUAUUCCAACAACACAUUCGUCGCACCAGUAUCCUCUUCUUCAGGUGUAUUUUCAUCAUCACCAAUCAUCCACAAGCACGAGGAGAACAAUGGUUGCAGUCCUUCCCUAUAUAAUGAUACAACAGCAGUUUACAACCAAUUAAGCGAUUACCAGAAAUUGAUGCCAGUCAAACAGAGAGUUGAUAAUCGUUCACAACCUUUCGUGCCUUCAACCACUGCUAACGCUACUAUAAGUUCCCGAACGCUGAGUCCGCCAUCAUUCUUCGUAAACAGUCACAAUAAAUAUAGAAAUAAAAUGGUUAUUAAGGACCUGGAAAUACCUGUAUCAACGAACCACACUGAUAUUAUCUCGACAAAUAAUCUUAGAAGUGAUAUUAUUCCAACAAGUAAUCAUAGGACUGAUAUUGCUCAAGGAGUAGAAAGCCAGUUUGAUGCUUCAUCUUCAUCAAAAAUACCAACGUCAACACCACCAUGUCAAAUGCUUUCACAAAGUUACGAUAGCAAAGGUACAUCAAAUCCUUCGGUGCUGAGGUGCCAGCAAAGAAAACUCUCAACUCCAGCGUCAACCGUGCAGCGAAUAAACCGAUCUUGGACACCGAACCUUCAACUUGACAACCAGAAGAAUUCACUCAGAAACUAUGAAUUGCAAUCGAGACGUAGCAAAAGUGUUGGACGUUAUGUAGAAAGUCAAAGUGGAAUGGAACAACCAUAUCAGCGGUCUUCAGAAAAUCUCAAUCGUGAGCUUGAAGAGUGGAAACCUAGAUGGCGUCAUGAGUUAGAUAGGUCAGAAGUAAACGACCAGUCAACUGGUGAUGUAGCCAAGAUAAAAAAACUUGCGAAAUAUGAAGUUCUUCUCCGGCAGAAAGUUGAGAAGCUUUCCGAAGAAUUGCAACAGCAGCAGAGUCGACGGCAUGGAUAUGUACCUUCUGCUGCUCCGGCCCUUCAGAAAAAUUUUGAUCGCUUUAGUGGACUGAUCAACGAAUUUGGACGGCCAGAACGUGCUGCCACCCCUCAAACGAUGUCAAAAACUGAAAUUACGACUUGUACUGCACUUCACUCUUUCAGAGCUGUCAGCCCUAAAGAAUUAUCGUUUAAUCGCGGUGAUGUGAUACGGGUCUAUCGCAUAAUCGAUAUCAAUUGGAUGGAGGGCGAACUUAAUGGUCAAAGUGGCAUUUUCCCUUCUUCCUAUGUACAAAUUGACAGCAAUGAGGAAAGCGAACAGUUCAGACUGGUCGUUUUGUAUCCAUUUUCUGCCAGAAAUAAGAAUGAGUUAUCGCUGAAAAAGGGUGAAAUGCUGCGUCAUUUGCGAAAUAUUGAUGCUAAUUGGAUCGAGGGUAAGAAUAUUCACGGACAAACCGGCAUUUUUCCCAAGUCAUACGUUCGUAAAGCACGUGAGAUCAGUUUAUGUGACAGCAAUGAAAUAUCAAUACCGGAUAGACCUAAAACACCACAUACCAAUGCUACUCCAUUCAGAGACGAAAACCCAGCAAUAGCAAUAAGGACAGAUCCCGUAGACGAAAUGGGAGAAUGGCAGAAAAGACACAAUCAAAACGACUUUUCUGGACCGGUGAAUAUAAUUCCCAAAAAUGUGGAAAUUUAUCGGGUCUUAUACGCUUACAAGCCAAAAAAUGCGGACGAACUUGAGCUCCAAGAAAAUGAUAUCGUUUUUGUUAUUGAGAAGUGCGACGAUGGUUGGUUCAUUGGUACUUUACCACGAACAGGUCAGUUCGGAACAUUUCCAGGCAAUUAUGUUGAAAGGCAUUGA